AUGUCUAAAGUUAGAGCUCAGUUCAGAGAUUUCAAAGUCGAGUGUUUCUCCAUUUGUUAUGAAGUGUUUCUGUCGCUCCUCAUUCUCAUGUUGUUCUAUCACCACCUCCCUCACCCACACCUCCCCCUCCCUCACCCACACCUCCCCCUCCCUCACCCACACUUCCCCCUCCCUCACCCACGCCUCCCCCUCCCUCACCCACACUUCCCCCUCCCUCACCCACACCUCCCCCUCCCUCACCCACACCUCCCCCUCCCUCACCCACACUUCCCCCUCCCUCACCCACACCUCCCCCACCCUCACCCACACCUCCUCCACCCUCACCCACGCCUCACCCCUCCCUCACCCACCCCUCCCCCUCCCUCGCCCACACCUCCCCCACCCUCACCCACACCUCCCCCACCCUCACCCACACCUCCCCCACCCUCACCCACACCUCCCCCUCCCUCACCCACACCUCCCCCUCCCUCGCCCACGCCUCACCCAUGCCUCUUCCUUCAUCACCCACACCUCACCCCUCUCUCACCCGCUCCUCACCCUCCUCUCAACCACGCCUCACCCCCCUCUUACCCACGCCUCACCCUCACCUCCCCCCUCUCACCCACGCCUCACCCACACCUCCUCCUCUCACCCCCCCUUUCACCCACACGUAACCCCCCUCUUACCCACGCCUCACCCCCCCUCACCCACGCCUCACCCUCACCUCCCCCCUCUCACCCACACCUCCCCCUCUCACCCACGCCUCACCCUCACCUCCCUCCUCUCACCCACACCUCCCCCUCUCACCCACCCCACGCCUCACCCUCACCUCCCUCCUCUCACCCACACCUCCCCCCCUCACCCACGCCUCACCCUCACCUCCCCCCUCUCACCCACACCUCCCCCUCUCACCCACGCCUCACCCUCACCUCCUUCCUCUCACCCACACCUCCCCCUCUCACCCCCCCUCCCCCCUCUCACCCACGCCUCACCCUCACCUCACCCUCUCACCCCCAGCGCCAUCACAGAUGCCACCAUGUUGUUCUCCCGCCAGUCCACUCUGGAUGA